AUGUCACCAUCAACAACAGCAAUCAUUUGUUUUACAAUUCUCUUCACAAACUUACAAGCUCAACAGGAACUGAUCGUUUGCCCACCGGAUUAUUGCAAAGACAACCCUUGCCAAGGCGAUUCUUCUUGUCCCGAUGGGGAAAUUUUGAGACCAUCGUUUUGCGGUUGCUGCGAGAAAUGUGUCCCGGAAAUUCCUUUUGGAGGUAGCUGCUUAGAAUUGAUUGGCGUGCCACUGCCGUCUAUAUGCGAACCUGGAACCGUGUGCUGCGAUGGCACAUGUCAAUAUAGUUGUGAAUAG